AUGAUAGCCUUGUGUAAUGAAAAUUUUGUUAAUCACUCAGAUCAACCAAGCGUCCCGCCAACUUCAACACUUGACCGAACUAACAUCACCCCGUCAACAACAGAACCUAAUCAACAACAGCAUCAAAGCCUAAAUCCUUUUGAAGUUUGUAACUUUCAGGUCGAAUCAUGUAUAGAAUCUUUUGUCACAGUUGAGAAAGCCAGUAUAACAUCAGAGGCUCUUAGCCAUAAUAUCAACCUAUCCAAUUCCUAUCCCAAUGUCAUAUCCAUUUUGGAUGAUCAACAAGCCGGCUUAUCCUCACCUAAUGGAAAUUCCACCACAGUCGAUGAGAUUGGUACAGGCAUCGACCAAAAUUACAGUCCGUCGAAUAUGCCCCCAUCGUUUGAUGAUCAAUUGAAGGAAUAUCGUACUAAGCACUCUCACACCGACAGAAUGAUAGAUGUCCUUGAUAAUUCUGGAAUAACACACCAAAAAACUACAAGGAAAUCAACACGAACCGGCAAAAACACCAGAUCUAGUCAAGUCAAAUCGAAGCGAUGCGAUUCUAUGCCACACCCCUUAUCACAUAUAGAUACCUCUGUAUUUAACCGAAAAAAAUUUCGGAAGAAUUGCUCUUCAAAUAGGCCACCGGACUGGGGAAACUACCUGAUCUUUGUAAACAAAUUAAAGCAGAAAACAGAAUUAGAAGAAUCGACAAGAAUUUAA